UGCCCAAUCUGAUUUUCAAUAUUCUUAAUGGCUGCGUCCGUCUGGUCACUUCGUUCUUGAAGCUUUAAAAGUGCUUCCUCCCAUCCUUCUUUUUCCUCUUGUGGCCGCCCUUGUUUUGGUGGAUUUUGGAUGUUCUGAGUAUUACCAUAAGAAAAAUGAGGAUGAUUCUUCCAACCCAGAUUGUAUGUUUGUGAUAAUGGGUUACUCUGCUGCCUUUGAAAAUUUUGCUGAUGUUGAAAAUUCUGUGCAUAAGCAGCUUGCUCCGUGAAUGGUGGAUUUAUGAGCAGCGGACAUUCAGGCAAUAGAUGAGUUGCUCCACAAGUUGCACAUAUGGGAAGUGAUCCUUGCACCAUAUUAACAUUCGAAGUAUACUUUAAGGCUUCCAUCUGCUUUGAUAGUGCAUCAAUCUUGGCUAACAUCAAUGUGUUAAGAUCCACCUCAUGCACUCCUGCUACUCUUUUAUGUGAGUUUCUAUCUGGCCACAUCACCAAUUGCUCACUCAUUGUCUCGAAAAGGUCAUGAAGCUCCCCGGCUGAUUUGUUUCGGAUUGAUCCUCCUAUUGUAGAAUCAACUGCAGAGCGGCUGUGAGGAGUAAGUCCAGCAUAGAAAAUGUGAUUUUGAGCUGGUAGUGGAAAACCAUGACUAGGACACUUCCUCAAUAGCUCCUUGAACCUCUCCCAUGCUUCAUGAAAAUUUUCAGACUCAGCUUGCUGAAAAGUUGAAAUCUCAUGCUUAAGUUUGGUAAUCUUGGCCGGUGGGAAGUAUUUGAGUGUGAACUUCUGUACCAAAUCUGUCCAUGUAGUAAUACUACCCGGUGGUAAUGAGUCUAACCACUCUCGAGCCCUAUCCUUCAGAGUGUGAGGGAAAAGGCGCAUCUUGAGUGCCUCUUCAUUAAUUCCUUGAUACUUGAAAUUUCCACAAUAUUCUAGAAACCGAGACAAGUGAUAGUGUGGAUUUUCCUCGCUCAUUCCAUAAAAUGGUAUGUUGUUGGCAAAGAGAUUGAUCACAUCCGGCCUCAACUGAAAGUUCUCAUGCCCGUAGGAAGGAUAAAUUAUACUUGACUGAUUCUCAAUUAGAGGGGGCAUCAUGAAAUCUCCCAUCAGAAUGUCUCUUUCAUUAACUUCAACAGGCUGUGCCAUUGGAACAAGUUGGUUUACGUUGUCACCCAUGUUACUCAGUUGUUCUUCCCUCCUUGCUCUUUGUUCACGACGCCUUUGAUGGAACGUUCUUUCUAUCUCAGGAUCAAACUCACAAAUAUCCGAACGUUCUGAACGGCUCAUGCACUAUCUCAAUCCCUGCACACACACACAAAUUGAAAUAGCUUAGCCCAGAAAAUAAUGAAAACAAAAUAUAACAGUUAAAGCUAAUAUCAAUCAAAGAAAUAAUCAAAAGAGUUAGUCCCCGGCAACGGCGCCAAAAACUUGUCCGGCUAAUUCUAUCCCGCAAGUGGACGGAUCGUGACAAGUAAUACAGUGAUGAAUAGAGUGUCGUACCCACGAGGACUAACUUUUGACGUUUACUCUAAUUGAUCUAACCUUAACCUAACACACACAUUAACAAAGAAUUCAAUUGUAAUGAAAACUAAUUUAUGAAUAAAAGAUGCAAACAAAAUAAUUGCUUUGAUUUAAAACUCACAAGACUAAGGCACUAGGGUUUGUGAAUCCACCGUCGACCUCUAUGAUUCAAUUAUUCAUUACUCGGGUGUUGCUAUUCCUUAUCUUAGGUUGAAAAUCGAUAAUCCAAUUACAACCAAAAGCCUCUCUCGAUGGUCAUUUAGUUCUAUGUAUAUAUAUGAGAUUAACUAUCUCUAGUCAACCUUCGAACAUAUAAACAUGCAUUCAAUCACGGAGAUCAUCACACAAUGAUUUCAUAGGGCAUAACGGUAUCUCUACCUAUUAUCGGACCCUACGUUGUUUGCUACCAUAUCUAAUCCGUAUUGAAUCUCUCGAAAGCAAUACAAAUCACAAAUAAGUUUCAAUGGUGAUCAAGUAUCAAAACAACAUUAUAAACAUAACAAACAAUCAACCCGGAUAGGUAAGAAAAUAGCAAACCAAAUAACUUUAAAUCAAACCAUUAGAAGUCGAGGUUUCAUCAUUCACCCUAGCUAUAAACACUUAGCUAUGCAUGCUCUCAAUCAAAAGAAAAAGAAAAGAGUUGGAAUCCAUAGCAAAGAAUUGAAAAAGAUAAGAAAAAUACAACCUAAUAGUAAAGUCUUCAAUCUUCUGCCCACUUCUCUUCUCUCCCCCAAAAGAUUCCCAAAUCUUCCAAGAAUAAGUCUUUAUAUAGUCCUCUUUAGGUUAUCAAAGUCCUGCACCUUAAAGGAGUCUAUUUCUCUUUUAUUUGGAUUGAAAUGGGCUUAAAACGGCCUUUUCCCGAAGCUUUGAUCCCUACCGCGGUCCUACCGCGGUAUGCUUGUUGCUGCAGACCCGUGAACUUCAGAAACUAAUUCCUAAAGCGGUCCUACAGCGGUAUGCAUUCCGCUGUAGGACCGUGAGCUCCAGAAAGCAAUUCCUAAAGCGGUCCUACAGCGGUAUGCAUUCCGCUGUAGGACCGUGAGCUCCAGAAACUAAACCUUAUAGCGGUCCUACAGCGGUAUGCAUUCCGCUGUAAGACCGCUAGCCUUCUUCUUUAGCCUCUUGCUUUAUCAUUUUCAACUUCUUGCUCUCGAUACUCUUUUGAUUUCUUUUAAUUUGAUACCCGACCAUGCCUCCAAGCUUUAUUUCACUUCCAUAAUGCACCAAAAUCACUCUUUUUGCUCCAUGUCCGCUUUAACACAUGCUCCACAUCUACAUAACCAUAUAUAGAACCAAAUCAAGUAGAAAUCAUGCUCAUUGAAUGUAUAAAUGCUAAGUUUAUAGACCAAAAUAAGUGUAUAAAAGACACUUAUCAAAUACCCCCAAACUUAGACUCUUGAUCGUCCCGAGCAAGAUUAUCGACUCAAAUAUAUCACCCCUCAAGUAGAGAAUAGUUAAUAUUUCAAAAUCACUUACAAGUUGGAUAACCUUCAAGGUAGUCUCAGAUUUUUGUAUCAUUCAUAAUUCACACAGAGUUUUCUAGUAAUGCUACACAACUGUUUUGGACUUAUUCCAUGUUUUGACGUGUGUGUGUGCAAAUCCUGUCAGGUACAAUAUCAUGCAUAAGGUUGUUGGUAUCCCGACCCUUUGAUGGUCCUGUACACUUUCUCGCUCGUAAUAUGCACUCCACCCACAAACUUGGUCUUUUCAUUCAGUCCCUAGGUGCUCUCAAUCACUCUUUUCUUUCUUGUUCAAGUUUGGUUGGACUCAGCUAAAAAUGGCGUUGUCUUGGUUUGUGAAGACUCUCUUUUAUUUUGAAUGCUUCGACAUGCUAACAUCCACUAGACAGUCAAACCCACCAGUUUUCUCAAUCCCUAAGAGUUACAAACAUCGGCACCAUUAUUGAGAUUUUUUUUUUUUUUGGUUGAACGAGUGCAUUUUAUGCUCCAUCUCGUUUUUUUUUUUUUGAUAUCUUAUGUGAAACCUUCACUCCAUUAAGUUUUCUGAAUGACCCUUGUAACGAGCUUUCAGCCGAUGACUCCCAAGCUAGAUGACCACGGGGCACCAGGUUUUAAGAUACCUCUACGGGCAUAAUCACUCAAGUCAUUCAGGCUACGAAGAAAGGUAUAAGAUAUAUGCAGGCUCAAAUUUAAUUUGGUGCACGACAUAGUGACAUAGGGAUGAGAUCACUAGCCUAUGGUCAUUGCCUAGCUUCUCUUAGUAUGUCUAACACAUUCCACACAAAUUUUAACAUGCACGGAAUCAACACAUUCCUCAACAUUUGCCAUCAUAGCUCAACCUUCCCCAAACUUUUCUUUUCAUAAUGUUUGAUGAUUGAGUUGCUUAUAAAGUUGGUUUAAGGGCGAAAGUCUAAUUGGAAACCUAGCAGUGUAGUCAACCUAUGCAUUGAAUCUUCUGACACAUGUGCUUAAAUUAGUCUAACAUGGAUAAUGAAUCUCAAAACGAAAUGAGUAGCAUCACUAUCUUUACUCUUUGCAUCAAAAUGGUACCAAAUAAACUUCAUUAUUGAUGGCACGUCUACCCAAUAAAACAAGAUAAUUUUUUUUUUUUUUAAUAAAACCAUACAACUAGACCGUACGACAUAUGCAAGCUGCCCAUAGUGAACCUCCCCCCAAACUUAAACGUUUCAUUGUCCCAAUGGAACAAAGAGAAAGAAAAGGAAGGAGUGUACCCGGACUAUAGUGUCAAGGUUGUGAUGGUAGAUAGAUCAACACAUGCUCGUUUUGAGGUAUUGAAACUUUUGGCAAUGGAGUUGCCCUUGUAAGCAGCUGGUGUAGGAUGGCUCUUCAAUUGCAUUAUCACUUUUGAAAAUGUACCUACAAUGCACAAGUUUGAACAUGAGAAUGCAACAAUGAAUAAGAAUGACAUGAAGUAGACAGAGUCACAUGGAUGCCCAAACUCCCCCAAACUUGAACCUCACAAUCCCAAACUUAAGGUGCAAUGUGCAAGUUAACAUUGGCUGGGGUAUUUUAUCAAACACCAAGUGCAUGCUGUUAUGAUGACCUCAACAUUGUUUUUGUGCAAAAAUCCUAAAAAAAUGCAACAUGCCAAUAAAUGAAAAAGAUAGGAAAUUGGCGGGCGACACAAGAUUGAAGCAGAUGGAGCUUCAAAUUCAGCGAGUUAGCGCGGUAAUGGUGGAAGUCUAGGAAAGGGUGGCGACCAUCGAUGAGGCGGUGGAAUGACAGUUUGAACAAGCCACGAACCAAUUCGAAGAAGCCAUGGACCGAAAGUUGGAGCAAGCAAUGGAAAACAUGCAAGAUCAGGUUUCCUGUCAGAUUAGGGUGGUGCAAGACUAGAUGUUCGACCAAUUCUGAGAAAUGAAGGAUCAACUCCAGAGCUUUAUGUUCAUGUUCAUGGGCCAAAAUUUGGUGAAAUUAUCGGCCAAGUUUCCUCCCAGGGAGCACUUGGAACCAGUUUUGUCUGGGCCGAAAAUGGGUUCAAGAUCCGCAGAAAUGGCGGAAUUGGGUGCGGAAACAUUUGCAGAGCAAGAAAUCAGGAAUGGUCGGGUGCAUCGGAAUGGAAUAGGAGUGUUGAACAGAGUUGUGGAGAAAGUGGGCUUGGAGGCGGAGAUAUUGGGUGAAGAAGAAAUCGGCAACGGCCGAAUGGGACGGUGAACAACUGGGCCAUCGGUCUCUUGUCCUUCCCACUUUCCUAUGCCCAAAUUGGAUGUGCCCAUGUUCGAAGGGCAAAGCCCACAUUGGUGGGUUUGGAGUUGUGAAAAGUUAUUCACUCUAUCAAACACCGAAGGAGUAGAAGAUAACAUUGGUUGCGGCGUACUUGAACGAUGUUGCUGACUCUUGGUCCCAAGAUUGGUAUGACUCACAAGAGGACAACAGUUGGUCGUGGAUUGUGGAGGAUUUCUGUACAAGAUUUGGAGAUCAGAAUUUAGGGGACGUUGUGGAAGAAUUUAACAAGCUGAAGCAAGUCGGAACAAUGCAACAAUAUCAAGAAAGAUUCGAGGAACUCAAGUCAGUGAUGCGCACAUUGACUGCGGGAUCAAAUGAAGCCUACUUCGUUUUAAGUUUCAUAAGUGGAUUGAGUGACGAAUUAAGGCUGGCAAUCAAGAUGCAAUGACCAAAGUCCGUGAAGGAGGUGGCUGAAGGGGCUAGGCUACAGGAGAUGUGGGUGGAAGCCUUGAUGAAGAAGCAACAGCUUUCAGCUCGCGACAAUCAAAUAGCUUUCAGUUGUGAGGAUAGGGAAGCAGGGAACCUUGGCCAAAACAUGAAGGGCAAGGUUGUGCCAUUUACGACAGUGGGAAAUCCAUCAUUCAAAGGCCAAUCUGGGAUCUUCGAGCAGCGGAGACAGGCUGGCCAGUGUUACAAAUGUGGAGAUCUGGGCCAUCAGUGUAAGAAAGCAACAUCAGUGUAAGAAAGAGUUGCUAAUGUUGGAGGGAAAGGAAGAAAUGCUUAUGCUGAAUGACGUUUCGAUUAAGGAAGAAUGGCAGCAGAAGAAGCUGCGCAGCUGUUCUCUCUACAAACUAUUGAAGAAAAGAGGAGAUCCAACCGCAGGGCGGGCAAUGCUCGUAACAGUCAGCAGCCUGGGUUAAUCAAUGUGGCGAAGUGGAAGAAAAGGAAAAAAAUGGGCUGGCUUCUCACUUUCUUGAGGACAAGAAAGUUUUGAACCACGGGGUAUUGUCAGGACCCUAUGGUAUGGUAGUUAGAAGCAUAACAGGAAGCUGUUAGCAAUAGCGAACACAGUUAGAUUGGUUGUGACAAGAUAACAGUAAGAGAGCCAAGGGCAUUAGGCGGGUGAGAUGGUUGUAACUGUAAAUCAGUUGAGGAUGGGCCUAUAUAAGGGCUUCCCCCUUAAUAAAGAGGCAUGGACGAAUACUUUGAUGAAUUUACAGUGUAUUCCUCUCUCAAUUUCUCUCUACUCCUUCUCUCCCUCUCAAUUCUCUCUCUCUCGUUCUCUCUCUCCCUCUCAAACCCCAAUUCUAAUUCCCUCCCACACAAGGAGAAUUUCCCAUGUCAGGCCGAGACCCUGACAUUUUCUUAGUGGUUGGAUUGUUUUCUCCUUAUCAGUUUAUAAAAUCCUUGCUUAUAAAAAAGCAAAUACAGGGGGAUAUCCUCUCUCAUGGCAGAAAGCUUCAAGAAAUAGCAUUUGUUGCUAAUGGCCAUAAACCUGGCAAUGUAGUGUCCUUGUUUUGAGUAAUUACUGCUGAUGGCACCUGUAAGAACAUGCUGAUACUUCUGGAAACUUGGACUAGUCUUACAGGCUGCUUCGUCGUUCAUGCACCAUUGGACAUUGUUAUGAUGAUGACAGUGCUGCAUGGUGUGGACUUGAGCCUUGCUGAAAUUCUUCUGUCUGGAUUUGCUAUAGUUCCGGAUAGCAAGCUAUUCGGAAAACAGAUGAUUCGGGUACUAGUAAUUGAAAGUUGUAAUAGAGGAAAGGUCGCCGGUGGACGCAGUUGGAGAAGUCAUUUUAAUUGCAGGUAAUCGGGACUUCCAUCCCCAAGGCCUUGAAAAGCGCGUAGCCUGAUUGAGAUUCGAGUGCCCUCCAUUACCUAUUUUUUUUUCCCUUGGGGCUUGAGUUCUUGGCGAGCAGAGGCAGCAAAACCUAGAUCCCACCCAGGGCGCCCCAAACUUGUUGGGGCAUAACCGACUUUCUAAGUUGGAUGAUGGCUGUGGUUGUAAUCGUGGGUUACGAUAGCACCCCGAAGGUAAGACUGGGGGCGCUACACAACUGAACUAGGGGAGCCUAUUUAUAGAUCCAUAGUGCAACGAGGUGCUGGACCAGAGCUACUCAUAGUAGAACAGUCCGUUUGGCCAAGUACUGGUAAGAUGGAUCAGGCAAGACAGCAAUUGAUACGUGUGACUGCAGAUUCAGCGAUGGAAGAGCUGAUCGCAUUGGCUUGUAUUGGUGCACCGCUAUGGAUUGCUGACAGUUUUGGAAGUAACACCUAUGUCAUUAAUGAGGAGGAGUACCACAGAACCUUUCCGCAAGCAAUCUGGCCAGAGCUUAUUGGAUUCAAAUGUGAAUCCUCUCGUGAAACUGCUGUUGUUAUGAUCAGCCCCCCUAAACUUGUUGAAAUUCUCAUGGACAAGUUUCGAUGGGCUGCAGUUUUUGCUGGAAUCGUGGCAAGAGCUAUCACCCAUGAAGUCUUAACACCUGGAGUUGCAGGAAACUAUGAUGGAGCCCUACAAGUGCUGAGUGCUGAAUUCCAAGCACCCUCACACCUUGUUCCAACUCGGGAGGCCUACUUCGCUAGGUAUUGCAGGCGCCAUGAUAAUGGGUGUUGGGCAGUGGUGGAUGUUUCCUUGGAUAGUUUGUGCCCUUCCAUAUCCGUGAGCUGCAGAAGGAGGCCAUCUGGAUGCUUGAUUCACGGGAUGCCUAAUGGAUACUCAAAGAUUACUUGGGUGGAGCAUGUUGAUGCGGAUGAUAGAGGUGUUCACAACAUGUACAGGGCAUUUGUCAACUCUGGCCUUGCAUUUGGGGCAAAAUGUUGGAUUUCCAUUCUAGAUAGGCAAUGCGAGCGCCUGGCAAGUGUCAUGGCACCAAGUCUUCCUAAUACUGAUGCUAAAACCAUUGAAGGAAGGAAGAGCAUGCUGAACUUAGCUGAGAGGAUAGGGACAACCUUUUGUGGUGGCAUGAGUGAAUCCAAUGGUCACUCUUGGAGGACAAUUCUUGGAAGGGGAGAUGAUGAAGUUAGGAUUAUGAUUGGAAAGAUGUUAGCAGAUUUGGGCACCCCUUUGGGUGUUGUGCUUAAUGCUGCAAUUUCAUUCAGUCUUCCAGUUCAUCCCAAGAGAGUGUUCGAUUUCCUUCGUAGCCAGGACUCUCGAAGUCAGUGGGAUAUCCUCUCUCAUGGCGGAGAGCUUCAAGAAAUAGCAUUCGUUGCCAAUGGCCGUGAAACUGGCAAUCGACUGUCCUUGUUUCGAAUAAUUACUGCUGAUGGCACCAAUAGGUACGUGCUCAUACUUCAGGAGACUUGGAUCGGUCCUACGGGCUGCUUUGUUGUUUAUGCACCGGUUGAUGUUGUCAUGAUGAACGCGGUGCUAGAUGGCGUGGACUCGACCCUUGCAGAAAUUCUUCCGUCUGGAUUUGCUAUAGUUCCAGAUGGGCCUAAAGAAAUUGCAGGUAGGAAUGCUGAAACGGGUGAGUCUAAUUGUGGAUCUCUGGUAACAGCACAGUUUCAGAUCUUGGUUGAUUGUGAUCCAACUGCAAGAAUUCAUAUUGACUCAAUUGCUGCUAUCAAGACCCUAGUCAUUGGCACCGUGAAUAGGAUCAAGGAUGCAAUGGGAGCCUCGUCAACUGGAAGAGCUGCUUCAUCGAACACCCCCCCACACAUGUAACAAGUGGAUAAUAUGUUUAUGCUUCUUUCAAUUCUGGGACUUUAUGGUUUUGGAUAAUCUUGGACAUAACUAUGGUUUGCUUGUUUGUUACAUAUAUAUAUUAGCCAAGCUAUUGCUGUAUCUCCUUUCUUUUAACUUCAAAUUAAGUCCAUAUCUAUCUUGACCUCAUCUGAGCGUUCAGGAAAAAGAUAAAAGAGUUCUGAUGUAAAUAGCACCAAGAAUGUAGCAUGUAUAUAAUCCUUAUAUAUAUGCCUCAACAAAGGUUCAGACUGAAAGUUCAGUUUGUUAUCUGCU